AUGCUUACCACGUUGAAACGUUUCAUGUCCUCCCCAGCUCAUCAGAUUCCCAAGCAAUUCAAAUCGAUCAUUUAUUCAACCCAUGAAGUUGAGGAUUGCACCAAAGUCUUGUCAGUGAAGAACUACACUCCUAAACAAGACUUAUUCAAAUCAAUUGUGCUGAAAACUUUGGCUUUCCCCAUAAAUCCUUCGGAUGUCAACCAGUUGCAGGGGGUCUAUCCAUCUCGUCCCGAAAAGACAUAUGAUUAUUCUACGGAUGAGCCAUCUGCUAUCGCCGGUAAUGAGGGUGUAUUUGAGGUUGUUUCUUUACCAUCAGGUAAUUCUAAGGGUGAAUUGAAAUUGGGUGACCACGUUAUCCCACUGCAGGCAAAUCAAGGGACCUGGUCUAACUAUAGAGUUUUCUCUAAUAGUUCUGACCUGAUCAGAGUGAACGAUUUGGAUUUGUUCUCUGCGGCAACUGUAUCCGUUAAUGGAUGUACCGGCUUCCAACUUGUUUCAGACUACAUCGACUGGAAUAGGGGGGCCAAUGAAUGGAUAAUUCAAAAUGCAGGUACUUCUGGCGUUUCAAAAAUUGUCUCACAAGUAGCGAAAGCUAAAGGUAUCAAAACACUAAGUGUUAUUCGUGACCGUGAUAAUUUUGAUGAGGUAGCCAAAGUUCUAGAGAAUGAAUACGGUGCAACGAAAGUCAUCUCCGAAUCGCAAAACAACGACAAGACAUUUGCCAAAGAAGUUUUACCCAAGGUUUUGGGUGAAAAUGCAAGGGUGAAACUUGCUCUAAAUUCUGUCGGGGGUAAAUCCAGUGCAUCAAUUGCCCGUAAGCUGGAGAAAAACGCCUUGAUGCUCACUUAUGGAGGAAUGUCAAAACAGCCUGUCACUUUACCAACAUCCUUGCAUAUUUUCAAAGGUUUAACCUCCAAGGGUUAUUGGGUCACCGAAAAGAAUAAAGCAAACCCUCAAACUAAAAUUGACACUGUCAAUGGUUUCAUUAAAAUGUAUAAUCACGGCCAGAUCAUAUCUCCAAAGGAUGAAAUUGAGACCUUAACUUGGAAUACUAACAGUACAACAGAUGAGGAGCUAUUAGAAUUAGUUAAAAGGGGCAUAACAGCCAAGGGGAAGAAAAAAUUGGUUGUUUUGGAAUGGUAG